AUGUACGUGUCGCUUACAUCCCGGCCGGGCUUGGCUGCUACCGCCAAUUAUUUCAGCCAGUUCCAGGCCUGCCCUAACGAAAGGCACUGGGUGCAGCUACGUCGUGUGCUCCGAUACGUGAAAGGUACACUGAAUUAUGGAUUGGUGUAUGAAGCAAGCAUCGAUGGCCCGAUGCUGGAAGUUUAUACGGAUGCUGAUUGGGCCAGUGACAUUGUGGAUCGUCGCUCGGUGUCUGGCGCCGUUUUCAAGUUGUUUGGUGCCACGGUGAGCUGGAUCGCUAAGAAGCAGGCAACUGUAUCUCUGUCCUCAACGGAAGCCGAGCUGGUUGCCCUUUGCAAAGCUGCGUGCCACGGCCAGUGGUUGAUCCGAGUCUUGAAGGAUUUGGGCCUAUCCGUCGUUGAACCAGUUCCAUUCCACGAAGACAAUCAGUCGACUAUAAAGAUCGUUUCCAACCCAAAGGAUACAGGUCGCUUGAAACAUAUUGAUGUCAAGCAUUUCUUCGUACGAGAUUUGGUUGAGAGCGGAUGCAUCAAGGUCGACUACGUUCCAUCAGCAGAACAGCAGGCGGACAUCUUAACCAAGAGUCUUCCUGCCCCGACAUUCAGGAGAUUGCGUGCCAGUCUAGGAUUGGCUGACUGCAGUGUUUGA